UAUUAAUUGCUGUUGAAGAAAAAUUUGAAGCUUUUACUACCCGAGUAAAAAUGGCUGAGAACUAGGCAAUAGGCAUAACUGAAAACCUAUAAAUAGUAACUUCUACAGAAGUACACAAGUGGUCUCCAAUGGCUAAACUGAAGAAUCUUUAUCUCUUCUCUUACAAUUCUCUUCAGUUUCUUGGAUGGACAGUAGCGCUUUUCAGAAUUUUGAGCAACUUUAUUUCCACUCAGUCAGUCACUGGGACUUAUGCUUCUGCUGGUGAACUAAUUUGUUUGUUGCAAUGUUGUGCAUUCUUGGAAGUUGUACAUGGAGCUAUAGGGAUUGUUCCUAGUGGAGCAGUGCUUCCUUUGAUGCAAUGGAGUGGAAGAACUCAUUUUUUGCUUGCAAUUGUUCGUCGAAUUGUUGAGGUCCAAGAAUCGCCUUCCGUGUUCAUGACAUUUUUAGCUUGGAGCUUAAGUGAGGUGAUCAGAUACUCACAUUAUGCUUUGAGUUGCAUUGGAAGUCCACCGUACUUUAUCACUUACCUCAGGUACACUGCUUUCAUUCUACUGUAUCCCGUUGGAAUAGGACCUGGUGAAAUGUGGCUUAUGUACCAAGCACUUCCGUUCAUAAAAAAGAGAAACUUGUAUGCAGAUAGUCUCCCUUUCAGUUAUUGUAACUUCGUUAAGGUUCUGCUUCUGGUCUACCCUUUUCUAUGGCUCAACCUUUAUCUGCACUUGUUUAAGCAACGGCGCUCAAAACUUGGUAAACAUCAGAAGACAAAGAAGAUAUGAGAAUCCAAAUUUUUAUUUCUAUUACUUCUAUUUUCAAUUGCAUGUAGAGAUUGGAUAGAGGAUGUCAAGUACACCAUGAGAAGUUAAAUUCCUAGCAUUUGACACCUUUGACUUUCUGCUGGUGAAAUUCCAAUUAUAACUUGUAUUUCUGAAUGGGGAAAGAAUUACUACAAGUUUAGUGCAUAUAUUUUUUAAAAGACA